AUGAACAUAUUGAGACUGGUGCUACUGCUUUUAUUUAACGGCUUUAUUUGUAUAAAUUGUAACAAAUAUGCGAAUCAACUUUAUGAGGAUUUACUUUAUUUUUACAACAAAAACGUUCGACCAGUGAAAAACGCGACGCAACCGGUUUUGGUGAAAUUCGGCGCCGCGCUCAUUCGAAUCAUUGAUGUGUAUUUGAAGGAAGCACUGAUGUCGUUAAAUGUGAGAGUGUCGUUGGAUUUGACGGUGAAUGAG